AUGAGAGGUAUUUAUUUCAUUUUACUUUGGUUACUUGUGCUUCUUUUCGUUAAUUGCCAGCAGCGCUUUAUGCAAAACUGCGAUGAAGCACCAACACCUGAAGCCAAACAAGUCUGCUUUAUGUUGCAACGAAUGGCUCGAAAUUCUUCAAGACAUAGGCCGAACAAACCUGUACAUCGUAUUCCAUCUCCACCGGAAUUUCUUCGACCUGCCCCCAUUCAACCUAAUGCCAGAGGUCAGAUUGCCAGCCAUCCAUACGAUUGCAUGACAAUAACAUGUUUGUGCCCAUUCUUUAGAGGUUCAUUAGGGCCUGAAAAUCAAUGCAUUUUACCAAAUGGACAGCUUCUGACGAUGGCAUAUCGAAAAGAAUACAGAAUGCUUUCAGAAGAUGAACGUUUGAGAUAUCAUUACACCCUGCAAAUAUUGAAACAAAGCGGUGAAUACGAUCGGAUGACUUAUGAGCAUCAGUCGGUGGGUCAGGGAAGCGGAGCGCAUUCUGGGCCUGGAUUUUUGCCCUGGCAUCGAGAAUUUCUGAAAAGAUUUGAAAUUGCAAUUCGUUUGAUCGAUCCAACUGUAUCAAUACCAUAUUGGGAUUCUGUUUUGGAUAGUUAUUUACCUGAUCCAAAAGAUUCCAUCUUUUUUACUCCACUGUUUAUGGGUGAAAAUGAUGAAUUUGGUAAUGUUGUUACAGGUCCAUUUGCAUAUUGGAGUACUAUCGAUGGUAGACCGGCCAUUUUACGAUCUCUUGGAGAGAAGGGAAAAUUGUUUACUGAAUAUGACAUCGCUGAUAUCUUAGCACAAACACAAAUCGAACAAAUUAUGGCCUAUACAGCACCACUGAAUGAUUGUCCUUAUCAGCCAAUGUUCACUGCCCUUGAAUAUACGCAUUCAUUUGUCCACCUUUGGGUUGGUGGACACAUGGAACCACCGGAACAAUCCUCCAAUGACCCUAUAUUCUACUCUCUUCAUUCAUUCGUUGAUCUUAUUUGGGAAUUAUGGCGUCAAAAUCACCAGUCACGUUGGGCGCGAGAAACUCAAUAUUCUCAAGAUAUCGAGCAGUGCUCGGAUCCGCAACAUUUCAGUUAUGCCAAUAUGCGACCUUUCAAUUUGAUCAAUCGUGAUGAAUCUACAUGUUCAUCACCCUACCUGUUUUGUGACUCACGCAUAAUACCACAUUGUGUGUCUAAAAUUAGAUUCGGUGGUGUAUGCAGCGGUUUUGAAGGACUUGACGCAUGCUUCAAUAGUGUUUGUGUAAUGGGUCGAUGUGUUGCAGGAACUCCGCCAACGGUACCAUUUGUACCGCAGUCUCAAAUGCCAGUCGUACAACGCACGCAAAUAAAGCAACAACACGCCGUUCGAAUAUUCGUGAACUGUUUCAACCAGGAGCCCUGUUGUGAGCAGUGGGCCAGAGAGGGCAACUGUCAGUCCCGUAAGACUGAAAUAUUAAAAAUAUGCUCAGCAGCAUGUGGCAAAUGUCGCCCUGCCUACAACAUCUCCGACGAGUGCACUGAUCGUCACGUGUCAUGUAAGCAGUGGAAAUCAGAGGGACGAUGCUCGCGAAAUCCUGACAAUUUUAUUGCAGAAAACUGUCGUUCGUCAUGUCAACUUUGUGCUGUUAAGAAAAAUUUACAGUGUCAGAAGUUCAAGACUGUAAGUUUUAGUUUUUUACAAAAAUGUUAAAU